CAGAUAGCGACUAUGAACUUGUGUGAGUAUGGGGAAGUGUUAUUUCAGCCUGUUCGUGAAGUAUACGUACAGACAUGUCUAAUGUGCGUUCCUUAUGGUUGGAAUGGUAGCGGUGAUCGGCGUGAUCGUGCUUGCGGCCCUGGGAUCUCGGGUAUCGGCCUUAGCCCCUACCUGUUGUUACCAGGUCACGGGUUCAUGUAGAAGAUCGUGUGAAGAGAUGUCGCUUGUGGAGAUUUCAACCGAUGAAGAAAAAAGAGAAGAUUACCUCACUAACCUCAACCGUUUAUGUUCAAAGCUUUUAGUGGGCUUUUGGAAAUGCAUGAACGAAACGCUAGAAGAAGUGGAUCGUGGAGCGGAUUGGGUCGGACGUCCGUGUUGCAGCGUUCCCCAAACAGCGGGUUGUAGACUAGCCUGUUUAAAGGCCCAGUCUCGUUCUGAAAUUUCUGGUACCUGUCGCCGUAGUGACGAAAUUUCAUUUUACUUUUGUGUUGAGAGACAAGAGGUUGGAGAGUCGUGUUGUCAACAGUCUAAACGAUCGGAAUGCCGUAAAGCUUGUUGGGAAGUGUUUCGUUCUGCCAUGACCCCCAGCAAGACAAUUAGAGAAGCAGUGUUCAAUCAGUGUGCACAGCACAGUCCACAAGUCCUACGUUGUCUCCGUAAUUACACACAUACCACACCUGCUGAUAAUCCCACCCGUAAUCUUCAUUGUUGUGAUCAGUCGUCAAAUCGACAAUGUCGUGAAAUCUGUCGUAAUGUCCUACGUACCCAGACAACCGAUCAAGAGAUAAUUGACAGCUUGAUUAAAGGGGGAUGUGGUCCACCUCUACCUCAU